AAGACGCUGUCAAAAUGCACGCUUGGCGGGCAGCCAUCUUUUCUUUUCCAAAUUAAAUAAUUUGUCGGUAAACGGGAUUUUAAAGUUUUUCCUACAGUUUUCCGCGUAAAUUGUAAUAUUAAUUUGGAAUGCUUCAUGUCUUCAUUAAUGAAGAGCUAAAAAAGUGAAACUAAAAAUGGUUUUCAUAAAGUUUUAAGGCAAAAACUGUUCAUUGUUUGUGUUAGUCUAAUAAUCAUAUUUUUCUUCUUAUAUCACCUAUUAACCUUCUAGUUUUAGCUAUUAGCUGAAACCAAAAUGUCUAGCGUUGGAUAUGACCUCGACACUUCGGGCGGGUUGAUGCCGCUGAUUCGGGCGUUGAUCAAGCCUCCUGAUGAGGAUGCAAAUGGGCAGAAGAGUAAGAAGCCACAGCACCCGUACUACAAGAGGCCAGGGAAGGGGCACAACCAUGACUCCUGCGAUGCGUGUGGCGAGGGCGGUGACCUGAUCUGCUGCGACCGCUGCCCGGCCAGCUUCCAUUUAGGCUGCUAUGACCCUCCAUUGGAUGAGAAUGACAUCCCAGCUGGGCAGUGGCUGUGCAAACACUGCCACGGUAUGGAUGCGGAGCGGCAGGCCAGCUCGCGCGGCAGCCGGGCACCCUCGCCCUCCGACCGCUCCGACACCUCGGAGAAGAGGACCAGGUCCCUCAGAAACAGCAGCGCAAAGAAGAAGGCCAAGGAAGAGGUGGAAGAGGAGAAACCUCAGGAGAAGGCCAAGCCGGAGGAGCAGAGGGAACUGACUCCGAUGGAGGUGCUGGUGAAGGCGGCUCGCAUCAUGAACCCGAAGCAGUUUGAGCUGCCGAGGGAGAUGCGGAUACCCUGCCCCUUCCCUGGCACUGAUAAAGAGCCACCCAAGAACGGCAACGGCAGCGGCGUGGUCACCGUGGACGGCGGCGGCUGCGUGCCUCUCCCCGCGCGCGCGUGCUUCGUGUGCGGCGCCACGUGCCACCGCGCGCCGCUGCUGCAGUGCGACUAUUGUCCGCUGCUGUUUCAUCAGGACUGCCUGGACCCGCCCAUGACGGCGCUGCCCACGGGUCGCUGGAUGUGCCCCAACCACGUCGAGCAGUACAUCGACUGGAAGCUAGUGAACUCGAUCUCGGCCACGGAGCGGGUGGCGCUGUGGGAGCGGUUCUCGGGCCCGCUGGACCAGCACGAGGUCAAGCUGGCCUUCCUGCGCCGCGCGCGCGCCAAACGCCCGCCCUUCCGUGUGAAGGUGCCGGUGAGCGCGCCGGGCCGCGUGGUGGUCCCGGGCAUGGUGCGCGCGCACUACCGCCGCCCGCCGCCGCUGCCGCCGACCCGGAGAGAAUACGUGCGCUGCAACAACGUCAUGAAGCAGCUGCAAGCCGCGGGUGCCUACGACUCGUCAGACGAAGAGGAGAAGCGCGUGAUCUGCCUCAACCUACAGUGUCCGCAGUACCAGAGCGAGGGGGGACGCUGUCCGCACGAUAAGGGAGGGGAUGGGGGGAGGAAGAGUGGGGAUAGGGGCAAGUUGAAGGGCGUCUCCGAGUGUGAAGGCGAGCGCGACCUGCUAGCCAUCGAGCGCGGCGCCGAUGACCAGCCUGACGACGAGCAUCCACAUGAUGAUGAGGAGCACCCUCGUGCUGAUGAUGAGGAGAGCUCUGACACGGACCUGGACGAGCUGCUGUCGCCGGUGAAGCGGCGGCGCCGGGACAGUGGGGAUAAGGGGCAGAGACGACGGGACCAGUCCUUCGACAAACUAGCCCUCAACCCGGACAUCGACACAGACGAGUUAGUGGGCGCGGCGGCGCGGCAGCUGGCGCGCCUCGACCGCCGCCUCGUGCUGCUGCUGGCCUGCCAGCGACUGCAACAGGUGGCGACAGGCGAGCUGCUCUCCGGGCCGUGGCAGCGGGCGCGCCUGUCCGGCGCGGCGGAGCGGGCCGUGCGCGCCAGCGUCAGCCGCGCGCGCCUCGCGAAGCACGGCUUCCGCCAUGUGGCGCUGCCCAGCCAGCUGCUGUCUAGACAGGACCACGAGCGCAUAGCAUCAUGCGUGUGGGGCUCCCCCCCCGCCGCCCCGCGCUCGCCGCCGCCGCCGCCCGCGCACGACCUGAGUGAUGCCGCUGUGCGCGCCGCCUUGUGCCCCAUCGAGUCGCCCGCCAAGUCAGGUCUGGGCGACGCGCUCGGGCAGCCAGUGGCGAUGCGGCGCAGCAAGCUCACACUAGGCACAGCGGCGUGCGACCUGUCGCCGCGGCUCUACCGCCCGUGCCGCUACGUGUCGCCGCGCCACGCCACCAUCUUCUACGACGAGGUGACGGGCCACUUCGAGCUGAUCAACUACUCGGAGUGGGGCACCCUCGUGAACGGCGUGAUGUACGCGUGCGACCUGCGAGAGUGGGACGCCCCGCCGGCGCCGCCGCUGCCGCUCAAACACGCCAACAAACAAAUCACUAUAACCGGCGACGUGACCGCCCCCUCCGCCCCGCCCUGCCGCUGCGCCGCGCCGCCCCCGCCCGCGCCCGCGUGGGAGGGCUCCGCGCUGCUCACUCACGGCGCGCUUAUACAGCUGGGCUGCGUGCAGUUUGUGUUCUGUGUGACCGAUAGUCCUGCCUUCCCGGGGAAGGGGUGGCCGGAUGAGCCCAGCUUGUGAUGGAGAGGGUAGUGCAACCGUAGAAAUCAAGAUCGCUUAUCAAUUGUAUUCUUGUUUUGUAUGGCACUUGUACUGUGCAUAACUAAAGCACAGUCAAUUCCUCCAAUAUCAUAAUAAU